AUGUCUAGCAAAGUCCAUGUCCUCUCGCACCCGCUCGUGAGCGCCAGGUUGUCGAAGCUGAGGCUGACCUCGACAUCGGCGAAAGAGUUUCGUGAGGGCAUCCAUGCUAUCGCUUCUAUGCUAGGCUAUGAGGCCAGCCGUGGACUCGAGACUGCUCCGUAUGAAGGGAAAUCACCUAUCGCCACAUUCACUGGCACGGUCAUCACGCCCAGAAUCGGCCUUACCCCUAUCCUCCGUGCAGGUCUUGGUAUGACUGAAGCCUUGUUGGAACUCUACCCUGAUGCACCAGUCUACCACCUCGGCCUCUAUCGCGAGAAAGUCACCCUCCAGCCCGUAGAAUACUACUCGAAGCUGCCCAGCGAGCCGCCUAUCGAUGAGUGUUGGAUCUUGGAUCCGUUGAUCGCCACUGGAGGAACGGCACUGUCUGCGUUACACAUGAUUGUCGAAUGGGGCGUUCCUCUCUCAAAAAUCAAGCUGUUGUGUGUGCUUGCCUCGGAGGACGGCCUGAAGCACGUCCAGGCGCAAUUCCCAGACGUCGAGAUCUGGGUCGCUGGGGUCGACCCGCUGUUGACUGAGCAAGGGUUGAUUUCACCAGGGCUGGGUGACACUGGUGACCGUCUCAACAACACGCUCCGGGACGCGUAA